UUAAAUAAAUUUCUGAUUGAUGCUUUUCAGCAUUAGAAAUGCUUCUCAAGACUUUCGAUUUUCAUUUUUUCUUUGAAACUUGAAUGACUUCAUGCAGUUAUCAUCAGAGGAAGUUGGUAAUGAAAGCUGCUCGGCUCGCUAUUUGAUUUAUCAUCAUUUUCAAUGUCAACUGCUUUUGUGUCAACUCAGUGUAAUAAAGACAACUCCCUCACAAUUUGCUAACAAGACUUUCGAGCUGGGUGAAAGAAAGAUGUGAUCGUUGUCGGAACCUUAUACAUUGUUGAAACUCAUCACAUACAUCUAUUAAUAUAUAAAUACAUCUAAUACAUAUUUUAUUUCGUGAUGACUGAGACCAAAACCUUUUUUGAUUUACCUGAUACAAUUCAGUUGAAGAUACUCAGUUAUAUCACGAAUAUCCGAGAAAAGAUACGUCUAGCUUCAGUUUCUUCACAAUUUUAUCACCUUGUUUCUGAGGCAUGCAGGACCCAAAACUACAAACUUGUAAAUCUAAGCGAUUUCAUGUAUGCAGGUGAAAUAGAAAAAGGUGCAGAAAAUCAUGGAACUGUCUUUGUCAAUUUGCAUACAUUGCUUCGUUUUGCUCCUAGAUUGACUCAUUUCGUGGACAAAAUUUACCAUUUCGAUUACGAAGCUCAUGUUGACAGUGAUAAUAAGAAAAUAAGAGAACCACUGCCUUUGCCUCACAUUAAAUAUCUCGCCAUUGAUUUGUGUCAGUUUUACUUUUUUGGUAAACCCUACGAGCCAUCAUUUGAGCAAAAACUGUCCAUUUUCUUUGCUGAUAUUUCUUCUGUUCUUACUCUGGAUAUACGGAUUGAUAGAGAUUAUAAGAUUAAUUUUCCAAACUUUCACAAUCUCAAAGCACUUAGACUUGCUUAUUAUGCAAAUGAUAGAUGGCCAAGACUGGUUCCCGUCCCUCCUAGCAUGCUUCGUAUUGUCUCUGGUAGACUUCCUUGCCUUGAAGAAUUCGAACUCACUUCUCAUUACAUCGAUAUUUAUAACAAUUUACCUGGAAUGAUGACCGAUUUUGCAAUUUCUAGUCCAAACCUACGUUCUAUUAAAGUGACCCAACAUUCAACUUAUCACCACGACUUUCCCGAUGAUAUGCUUCCUGAGUAUCAUGUGGUGCCUUAUACUGAAAAUCAAAAGCUAUUUCACUUGGAAUACUUAGACUUAAGAGGUGCUGUUUUUCCUCUUUCUUUUUGGGAAAAAUUAUUGAUGUUGGUGCCUAAUCUCAAAUACUUAGUCUGUAACCCAUCAACUAAUAAAAAUAUUACACGAUUAGCUGCAAGAUUUUGUCGACAGGCUAAAUAUAACAUAGAAAGGCCCUUUGAAAUCGAAGACGAGUACAGACAUUAUACUCAACGUACUCACGGAUUCAAUAAUCAACGAUAUCUAUACAGUAUUGAAAAUUAAUCAGAGAAUCAGUCAAUGUACAAUCAAAAUUGUGAAUAAAGAUUGGAAUUAUUUUCAUCAAAA